GUCAAAUGGGCCACUCAACUCGUUGGUACAGAAUCUAUCUUGUAUUCUGCAAAAACCAUGAUCGCCCUCCUCCUGAACCUAUCAUUUUCUGUGCCAUUAGUCUUAGAUCAUAGAUCGCAGGGAGUGCAACGUUCCUGAAUCAUAUUGUAGUCGGGCGCUGUUGUUCUUACAUUUAUAUGCUCUGUUGUUCAUUAUUCAGCGCAUAUGUCACUCUUGAAUCAGCUGUUCAACAGGGGUCUUCUCGGGGCCAAGUGUAAAACAUGCUUGAACUUAGCAAUCUCUCGCAUCAAAUUGGUGCAAAACAAGAGAAUUGUGCAGCUUAAACAAAUGCGAAAGGAGAUAGCCCAGUUUCUGCAGACUGGCCAGGAAGCCAUAGCUAGAAUACGGGUUGAGCAUGUCAUAAGAGAACAAAACUUAUGGGCUGCAUAUGAGAUAUUAGAGCUGUUCUGCGAGUUUGUUCUUGCCCGUGUUCCUAUUAUUGAAAACCAGAGGGAGUGCCCGUCUGAAUUGCAGGAAGCUAUUGCAAGCAUAAUCUUUGCUGCACCAAGAUGUUCAGAUCUGCCAGAUUUGAUACAAAUCAAAAAUUUGUUAACUGCAAAAUAUGGAAAGGAGUUUGUAUUGGCUGUCUCUGAGCUCCGUCCUGAUACUAGUGUCAAUCGUGCAAUAAUUGAAAAGCUUUCAGUUAGUGCUCCAUCCGUGGAAGCAAGGGUCAACCUAUUGAAGGAAAUUGCACAAGAGUACAGUCUGGACUGGGAUUCCUCCAACUCUGAAGCAGAACUCAGUAGAAAACACGAGGAUCUUCUGGAUGGACCAAAAAAAAUAUGCAGCAAGGCUGCACCUUCCCAAGACCCUUCCAGCAAGAAGCUUUCUCUGGAAUCUUCUUCUGCAAAUGUGGUGAAAACUGUGAUGACUAGAACUUGUAUCAAUGGAGUUCAAGACAUUCAGUCAUCCAGCCCUGCUGGAGAAAAACCAUUGAAUAAGAAUCAUGAUGUGGAACCAAUUAUUGAUGUUAGGAAAGAUACAAGAUCACAAUCAUCAGACGUCUUGGAGAGAGCCCAAGCUGCUAUUGCAUCUGCAGAGCGUGCUUCUGCUGCUGCCCGUGCGGCAGCUGAGCUUGUGAACAUUAAAUUUGGAUGGAAGUCGGAAGAAGUUUCCACUUGGGAACUGAAGAAUUAAGCGUGAAAAAUGGGGAAGAAAGAAGAAGGAAAAAUGAAAGAAUAAGGGAAAGGAGUCACUUAGGCUGCUACAAAAUGUAUAUUUGGUACUGGGCUGAUGAAAUGUGCUCUAUUAAUGAUUUAUAUCUAACUUGCAUGCUGUUGUAUCCCUUUAGUACUGAAUUCUUAUUAUUUUUUUCUGUAAGAAUCUGUAUAUAUUAAAAGUGAGUUUC